AGAGAGAAUCCUGCUUCAAGUGUUUGUGCUGCGCUGCUCUUUAAACUCUUUUCUCAGCGUGGCGGUCUUGUGAUGUUUUUCAACGCUUAAGGAUCUAGCUGUGAGAUUGUAGAUCUCUUGAGAUGUCAACAGAACCAAGAGUAUGUGACGUGCAGGUAAUUUAUAGUGGUUUAAACCGCAGGGUCUGUGUUCUUUCCUUACACUGGGGUUAGUCAUGCUCUCGCAGCAGAGACGUGAGAGGAGGUAUUGAAGUGAAUGAAUCGCAGCCUGACGCUGAUCGCCUCCUGACUCGCUGCUGUAGGGGAGCGGAAAAAAAGGAUCGACCAACUUGAGAGAGAUCACCAGGAACAAUCGGAGGGGGAAGCGUUGCACGGAUUGUACAUGUCAAACAGUUCUUUACAGUGACAUUUUUGCGCGCAGGAGUGGGAGGACGCUUGCAAUUUGUAAUGCUGAAAUAUGAGAGAACGGAACCGGGGCGGGUGAAGGCACAUGGGAGAGGACUGUCCGUGUACUUUGGGCUCUAAAAGAAAAAAAAAAAGAAAGAAAAAAAGCACGGUUUGCUUGGAACUGGAUUUUGGCGAAGUGGGAUGAUUACAAAAAGUUGAUCUUUGGUUCCGGACGAAGCUCUGCACACCUAUCAACGCCAACCAACCUCAAUGGAUAGAUAGACUGAGAGGACUGUAGACACAGACUGUUAACAUCUCAUUUAACUUUUUCAUCAGAGUUAAAAGAUCCAGCCUCCUUCUUCAGAAGGGAGAGGAGACGAUAUCCAGCAGUAUCUCGGUUACUGAGGCCAAAAUGUUGCGGUUGUCUUUGACAGCUUUCAGUCUUUCAUGGACUUUGUUGAUCUGCAACGUGAGCAGAAGUUAUGCACAAGAAAGACAGGGCUAUUUGGUCGCAGCACCCUCUGUGUUUCGGGCGGGCGUCGAGGAGAGCGUGAGCAUAACCAUCUUCAACGCAAGAGCAGAAACCCGCGUCCAGGUGCAGCUGUCGGUAAAAGGGCAGACGGUAGCCCACAGCCACAGCUCGGUGCUCGACAAAGGCACCGUCAAACUAAAGGUUCCCUCUGGGCUAAGAGGCCAAGCCCAUCUGAAGGUGUGGGGCAACCGUCACCUCGCAGAGGGAGGCUACAUCUUCCACAACUACACCACCGUCACAGUGGAGAGCAAGGGCACAGCUGUCUUCAUCCAGACUGACAAGCCCAUCUACAAACCCAAACAUAAAGUGCUGAUCAAUGUCUACACAGUCACCCCUGAUCUGAGGCCAGUAAAUGACAAGAUUGAGGCGUAUGUUUUGGAUCCAAGAGGGUCCAGGAUGGUCCAGUGGAAGAGUCUUAAAUCUGUCUGCUGUGGGGUUGUGAACAUGAGUUUCCCCUUGUCUGACCAGCCUGUGUUUGGAGAGUGGUUUAUCUUUGUGGAGGUGCAGGGCCACACCUAUAACAAGUCGUUUGAAGUGCAGAAAUAUGGUGAGGACCAGCACAUGCAAGACAGUUGUUUGCACAACAAAGAAGAAAGUCCUUUUUAUUGUUUUCUACAGUUCGGAUGUGUAUCUGAAAAGUAA